CAGAGGAGGAUCCAGCUCUGAUUAAUUUUUCUUUCCUUACCUUGCUCAUAACAGGAUUCCCAACCUACCAACUAGCCUACUGACACUGCCACACAAUUGAGCCAUCAUUCAUUCAUUCAAAUAUUUAUUGUGCUCUUAUUAUGUGUCAGGUCCCAUGCCAGGUUCUGAUAAUUCAAAGUGGAUGUUGAAUCAAUAAUUUCAGCAUCAUUCAUUGACCAGUUGUGUGACCUUGGCCAAGUAAGCUAAUUACUCUGAGCCUCGGUUUCCUUAACUGUAAAAUGUGGGAUAAUAAUGGUACCUUGCAGAGCCGCGGUAUUGUGCGGUGGGGAAGAGGGAUGGAUUUGUAAACCCUGGAGCGAGGUUCUGCCUACCUGAGGGCGCUACUGUACGGAGACCCUGGAUGAAGCCACCAUCAUCAUGUCUGACCAGGAGCCAAAACCUUCAACUGAGGACUUGUGGGAUAAGAAGGUAGGAGAACACAUUAAACUGAAAGUCAUUGGACAGGAUAGCAGUGAGAUUCAGUUCAAAGUGAAAAUGACAACACACCUCAAUAAACUCAAAACAUCACACUGCCAAAGACAGAGUGUUCCAAUGAAUUCACUCAGGUUUCUCUUUGAAGAUCAGAGAAGUGCUGAUAAUUACACUCCAAAAGAAAUUGGAAUGGAGGAAGAUGUGAUUGAAGUUUAUCAGGAACAAUGAUCAAUGAUUCAAUGAUUUAUAUAUUCUUCUUUUUUUUUCUUUACCCUCAAUCCUUUUCUAUUUUUAAAAUUAGUUCUUUUGUAACGUGGUGUUCAAAAUGAAAUUGAAAACUGGCACCCCAUCUCUUUAAAACAUCUGCUAAUUUGAAUUCUAGUGCCCAUUAUUCAUUACCACCUGUUUUCAUUGUGCUGAUUUUUGGUGAUCAAACCUCAGCCCCCUUCAUAUAGCCCUCUCCUUUUUAAAAAUUACAUGCAUGCAUAGAGGGCCCACUUUUCCCAGGCUGUGCUUUUUCAGUCUUAUGAUAAAUAAGAUUGACCAAUGCGAGUGUUCACAACAACUUUCCAGUUGGCCCUGAAGUUCUAACUUGUGAUUGCUUCACUCCUGGACUAUGAUUUUCAGUGGGAGAUGAAAGUUUUUCAGAGA